AUGACAAAGAUGCAAGACUUCGGUGAAGUAGGACUAUUUUUGUUAGCAUUCUUUCUACUUAGUAACUACAGUGCGGUUGCUACGGAAACCAAUUUUGAUGUCACCAAACAUCUAGUACAUAGCUAUGAUACUAAAGAUGGUUGUCAGGCGGCCGUCUUUGAUGACCUCUUUACUGAUGAACUCCUAGAACAGCUUCGUAUUGCAGCAUUUCAUUUUAGCAUAUGGAAUUAUCAUGAUAAACUUGGGGAUGUUGAUAAAUCAAAUUUAUUAUGGAGGUCCGAAAUGCAACUGGAAUUUUUUUCCAAAACAUAUUUGUGGGAGGCCAUGAGCAGAGCGGUAUCUGGUGUCACACACAAAACACUCUAUCCAUUUUCUGUAAUGGGCACUAUCACAAGAAGGUUUGAACCAUUAGUUUUGGAAGAGACAACAAGUGACGAUUUUAUGCUGAUGCUGUUUUUGAGUGAUAUUAACUGGAAAAAGAAUGACUAUGGUAACCUGUCCCUCUACUCCAGACACCGCAAUGGAUCUGUAUCCAGUAUUCUAUGGACGGCUCAUCCCCAGUCUGGUCGUGUCACCUUCUGGAAUGGCACUAUUCCACAUAUGUAUCACCCUCCCUCCAUUGCACAGGUUUUCAGUGGUCUUAUUCUGUUGGUUCAGGCUACAGAUUCAAAAGAAAAAUAUGAAUAUGAAUUGGAGAAAUCCAAAAAGAGACUUUUGGAAACUGAAAAUAUAUUCUUCAAAUCUGAGGUAUUUCCCACAUUACCAGGCAUAAUACCAAAAUAUGAUUUAGAUAAACAUCUUACAAGAAAAUUCUAUGAUGGAGAGGGAAGACCUGUUGCAGUUUAUGAUGAUUUAUUCACAAAAGAACAAUUGGAUAUAUUGUACCAAUUUCUCACGACUGUUAAGGGAAAAUUGCGUUUUGCUGAUACCGAUGUCACUUUACCGGAGGACGGUGACAACGUGAACUGGAUAAAAAUGUUCACAGUUGAUUCAUUUCUUCCUAGUAACGUUUGGGACGUUGUGUCUCAAGUUGCUCAACACAUUAGUAACAACAGAACUGAGUGGUAUCCAUAUGACGUGUCGCUGAAUGUUAUCAGAAAUGCAGAUCACACACAUAUCCAUACCGACUGCGAAAAGUUUGAGGAUGAAUUCACUUUCCUGCUCUAUAUGAAUCCGGAUUGGGACGUCAACAAAUAUGGGGAGACAGUUUACUUCAAUGAAAUUAAUGAUCCAAUUACUCAUUUGGUUGGUGAAAGCACUGGUAAUGAACAAUACGAACCAAUCGGCGCUGUAACACCUAAAUAUGGACGGGUUGCCAUAUUUCGUGGCAUAAUUCCACAUUCUGCCAGACCACCGAGUGCUGACGUACACAAUGCUAGAUAUACAUUUGCUGUAAAAGUCAGCAAAGAUAAAAGAACAGCCAUGGGCAAGUCACUGAGAGAGAUAAUGGAAGAAUUUGAUGAAGGUUUGACCAUUAAAGAAUCAGCAAUUCUGUCUAUGUUGUAUCACACUGAUAUUGAUGCCAGCAUUUCAGAUAAGCUACUGUACGAAACAUUGAAGGAUAUGCAAAAUAAACGAGUUGAAUUAAUGAAGACGAAUUUGCAUGACGCAAAGAAUUUCUUGUUACACAAUUCUCAUGUGUAGUAAAUUCACUGUAAAGG